GCCGAGCCCCCGGAGCUGGGCACGCCCGCCGACCCAGGGCAGCCCCGGGCUCCUCGCCCCACGUCUCUGCCGGCCGAUGGCCCCAGCGAUGGUGAGAAGCCCUCGGGGGGCCAGAGCAAAGCUGAGCUGGGCCGUGUGGCGGCCAUCACCAGCGCUGUUCGGCUACAGGUUCCUCUCAGGCAGGACUACGGCACCAAGGUCAACCUGUUCUCCCACUUGCACCAGUACAGCCGGAAGAAGCCACUGACGCAGCAGAUGAGCAUCCCCUCCACGGUCAUUCACCCGGCUGUCGUGCGCCUCGGCCUCCAGUACUCCCAGGGCAUCAUCAACGGCUCCAACGCCCGUUGCAUCGCCCUGCUGGAAGUCUUCAAACAGCUGAUCCGGGAUUACUCGACUCCCCCCAACGAGGAGCUGUCACGGGACCUGGUGGCCAAGCUGAAGCCACACAUCAGCUUCCUGAACCAGUGCCGACCCCUCUCAGCCAGCAUGGGCAAUGCCAUUAAGUUCCUCAAGAAGGAGAUUUCGUGCCUACCCGACACCCUGAGAGAGGAGGAGGCAAAGGAGAAGCUGCAGGACGCUAUCGACAAGUACCUGCGGGAGAAGAUUGUUUUAGCAGCCGAAGCCAUUUCACGGUCUGCCUUUGAGAAGAUAAAUGACAACGAUGUGAUCCUGGUGUACGGAUGGGCCGGCCGCCCGCGGCGGGAGGGCCGGGAGACGCUGCGCCGGCUGGUGCGUAAGGGCAUCCACUGCACCUACGUGAUGAUCAAUGCCAUUUCGUACGUGCUGCCCGAGGUGUCCAAAGUGCUGCUGGGAGCCCAUGCACUCCUGGCCAACGGCUCCGUCAUGUCCCGGGUGGGGACAUCCCAGAUAGCGCUGGUCUCCAAGGCCUACAACGUGCCCGUCCUGGUGUGCUGCGAGACCUACAAGUUCUGCGAGCGAGUGCAGACGGACUCUUUUGUCUCCAAUGAGCUGGAUGACCCCGAUGACCUGAUCGUGCUCCGGAAGGGCCAGGCCCAGCUGGGGGGCUGGGCAGAAAACAAGUCCUUGCGCCUCCUCAACCUGGUCUAUGACGUGACGCCGCCUGACCUGGUGGAUCUGGUCAUCACGGACUUGGGCAUGAUCCCCUGCACCUCGGUGCCUGUCGUCCUUCGUGUCAAGAACGUGGAUCAGUAGUAGGGACGGCUGCAUGGACACGAAUAAACC